AUGGCUGAAGCCGAGGCGGCGCCUGCCGAAGGACUUCGACAUGGACACAGACCACGAUGGCUUCAUUCUGGCAUUGUCAAGUCACGCGCCUGGUCCGCUACAACAUGGACCAACCUCCGAACCAACAACCUAUGGCGGCGCGUCGUCAAGUAUUCCAUAGCGACGACCCUCACCAUCAUCAUUGUCCUGAUCCCCGAGGUUGUUGCCCUCUUCCCCGGCACUACCUUUCUGGCCCCCUUGACGACCGUCUUCGCCAACCCGGGCCAGCGAAUGGGCGCCAUGGUCGAGGGACUACUCCUGACCCUUGUCGGCGCAACGAUGGGAACGGCGUGGGGCUCGCUCGGCCUCUGGCUAUCGAGCCGGGCCGUCGAUGACAACCUCCAGGCCGCGUUCGCCAUCCGGGCCCUCUUUCUGUUAUGCGCCGUUUUUCAUCACGGAUAUCUUCGCUCGUCGAGCCCGAGGUUGAUCGUCUACGUUCUCUUUCACCUGACUUCCUCCACCAUCAUCCUUAUGGGCCCGUGGCGGGCGCUGACGAGCACCAUCGUGACGUAUGUCGCGUAUCCCAUCUUGAUAGGAAUGGUGGUCACUUUCUUGAUUAACUUUUCCAUCUUCCCGGAGCCCUCCAACGACUUCCUCGCCCACGCCACCAUCGAUGCCAUUGAUCAGACGACGCUGGCCGUGACGCGCUCUACAAACUGGUUCCUCAGCCCCGGGGAUGGCCCGGACGAACCCCAGAGCGACCAGCCGGUCGAAGCCUCGCCGAACACGGCCGGCACCGCGAAAACAGAAGGUGAUUCAAGCGCCGAACGCCCCUGGUAUCACCAUCUUUGGUCCGGAUUACGGAACCCCUUGUCCACACCCGGAUCGAGAGUGCCUGUCAUCAGCGCCCCGGCGCAACACAUCAACCUGGCCGCGCUGACGGCUAGCAAAGCUGCGCUGCGGUCAGGCCUGCAGCGCUGCCGCGCCGGCCAGUCCGAGGUCAACCUCGAGAUUGCCAUCGGUCCCCUGCCGCCCUCCAGCCUUAAGCCUAUCACCACGAAAGCCAUGCCCGGUCUCGUACACAAUGCCGUCAUGCUGAUAGGCGCAUGCGAGAACAAAUUCGUCCUCCUGGGCGACGGCGAACCCGACGAUGCCACCGACACCGAGGACGAGGGUGCAUUCGUGCGGCCGCUCCAGCGCGCCUCGGCCCUCGAAGAGCUUCUGGGCCCCAGAAAGUUCAGAAACCCGACGACGCUGACCGAGGAAGAUCCUCUCGACGCAUUGGAAUCCGUCAAGCCGCUGCGCGAGCUGGAAGCAGGCGAUCCCGAGGUUCUCGUGGCCAUCAUCAAGCGCAUCCAGCUGCCGACCAAGGACUUUACCGCGGCGCUGCAGCAGGCCGCCCUGACGGUGACGACGAGCCUAGCGUAUUGCUACGGCCUCCCGAAGCUGAAGACGGGCAUGCCGACGCCCAAGAGGAUCAUUCUCGAAGAGAUGGACAUCCGCAUUGACGCCUUCAUGGACGCCAUUGCCAUCUACGACUUUUGCUCCACGGAGGAGCUCGAGCGCGCCACCACGACCAAGAACGGCGAGGCCGAUAUCAUGCCCCGCAUGGAGACGUUUCUCGUAUCGUCCUUCCUGCUGGGCCUGCGGCAGUCGGCCGUGCACAUGCUGCAGCUGCUGCGCUACGCUCGUCUCCUCGUCGAGAAGCGCCACAGGCGGCACAGGAUGAGCAUUCACUUUCCCGAGUACUUUGGCUGGCGGCAGUGGCUGUCGACCGGCGGCGAGAGGGAUGCCAUGGUCCUGCCGCAGACGAUGCGCAAGAAGGGCCGGUCGGGGCGAAUUCCUACGCCCAAGGAGGAGAGCAGGAUGGAAGAAGAAGGCACCGUUGAGGAGCUCGACAGGCCUCUCGCGCGACAGAGAGCUGAUGUGGAGAGUGUGCCAAACGUACUGGAAGCGAGCUUUCAACACGCAAAGCCACCUUUUCCGACUCCGCCGAAAGCAAAGGGCGAGGCGAAGAAAAAGAAGAAAAAGGAGAAACGCCGUGCCGCAGCGUCGGGAGGCAUCGUCAGCCGCAUCCGGGCGCGCGUGGCCGACGUCUACGAGUCGCUCCAGAGGUCAGACGAUGCCAUUUAUGCGAUCAAGCUUGCUAUUGCCUUUUUUAUCAUCAGCUGGCCGGGCUUCAUCCCAUCGUGGUACGAGUGGUACGCGAACAUUCGGGGUGUCUGGGCGCCCCUACAACUCAUCCUGAUCUUCGAGGUCGUUAUCGGCACAUCGUUUUUCGUCUUCAUCCUCAGAUUGGUAGGUGUCACGUUCGGUUGUGUCAUGGGAUAUGCGGCUUGCGUAGCCGGUGGCGGCCACAGAGCGCCCCUGGUUGUCAUUCUGGUCAUCGGAGUGGUGCCAUCUGUAUACAUCCAGCUCGGCACGAAAUACGUCAAGACGGGCAUGGUUGCAAUAUCCUCCAUGACGGCUGUCGCUCUAACAACCGUCAAUGAAAAUACCGUGUCACACGUGAACCUCUACACGCGGUUAGUGACCUUCUUCAUCGGCUGUUCGGUUGGUCUCCUCGUGGAGCUCAUUCUUUACCCCGCCAGAGCUCGCGACAGGAUGGUGGAGUCGCUCUCAACGUCGAUCAAGCAGAUGAGCAGCAUGCAGACAGCCAUCGCCGUAGGCGUUGACAACCCAAAGAAUCUUCAGUUACGCUCAGACAAGGUUCAACAGCGCUUCGAGCGGUCUCGGGAGAAGGCACAGGGCGCAUUAUCGGCUGCAGAGACGUUUCUGCCGUUCUGCCUGACAGAGCCACGACUCAAGGGUAGCUUUCGGCAGCUGCAUCCCAUUUAUCGAGAGAUCAUCUACGUUCUGCACCAGAUUGUCGACCGAAUGGACAAUAUGCUCCAGCUGCGGCGCGUCUAUGGCAGCUCGGUCCUGGAGGAGCUCAACGCCGAGGUACACGCCUACCGUCGCGCCGUGGCGGCAUCCAUCGCCAUUGCUCUCUUCGUCGUGAACCAGGCGCUGACGACGCGCAUGCCGCUGCCGCAAUUCAUCCCUUCGGCACGCCUGGCGAUGCUACGCCUCAUAAACCGUGUCCGGCAGGCUCUCAUCGACAAGGCUGCACAACACAGCGAGAUGGCCACCGCUGCCGGCGGGGCGAGGAAGGGCGGGAUGCGGAAUUACAUGGCAAGCAUGCAAGGUCCCGAGAGGGUACUCAGCGAGGACGAGCGCACGGCGCGAGUAGUGACGCAACACAAGUUCCUCAGCUGGAAUGCAAACGCGGCGGGGCUGAUGGAGAUUAUCGAGUACCUCGAAGAGCUGGUGGAAUUAGCAAAGUUGCUAGUGGGAGUCAACGCGUUCAGAAGCGGCAUGUUGGAGAAGCCGACGUUUAAAGAAUAUGCGAAGAAUGUCAAGACGAGAGAGGUACCGAUCGAUGAAGACGACGCGGCGGCAGGCGCGUCCUUGGCCAAAACCGAGUCGCGGAGGUCGGGGACAAGGAUCAAGAGGCCUGGAACGGGGCUGUCCGGGCUGGCCAGACAAGAUACGGGACAGGCAAAAGCAAAAGUCGAACAGAAACCAGAUACGGGGCUCUCCAGGCCAGACACGGCCCGGCCAGAUGCCGGUUCCCAGAGGCUCGAUCAUGGACUACAAAGACACGAUACGGCGUUGUCCACUGGCCGGCAGGCUGCAGCAGAGCGCGGAGACACAGGCCUACACCUGCAUAGGACCUGGACCAGGGGCAGUCGAGCGCGUUCAGACAGCCUGGAGACGGCAGUGGAGGGCGAGGCAGAGAUCCCGCUGAGUCUCCGACGUGUGUCUUCCCGGCGCGCAUCGGCGCGAAAACGGCGGCCGACGGUAACGGGAGCGGGGACUCGGCGACGAGACGACGACAAGGGCAAAGGUAUUGAAGAGGAGGACGAGCGCUAG